CUCCGACCUCCCGCCAUGGAUCCGGCGCCGCAGUCCCACCCCAUCCUCGCCUACGUGCUCUCCCGCAUCCCCACGCUCUCCAAGCCCAGGCCCUCCGCCGGCGGCGACUUCGACAUCGAGCAGCCGCACCCGCAGACGCCGACCCCGCGCUCGCCCUCGCUCGGCGAGUUCGAGCUCGUCGAGCGGAUGCCGGGCCUGCGCCACCCCGCCGUGCUCCACGCCAUGUCCCGCGCCGUCGCCGACGUCUCCGCCGCGCGCGCCGCGCUCCAGGACCUCGGCCCGCGCCCCGACCACGAGCUCGUCGACUCCUCCCGCGCCCUCCUCGCCGCCGCCGCCGCCGCCGGCGACGGCGCGCAGCGCAUCAUCGAGGCCGACCUCGACGCCUGCCGCGCGGUCGCCAAGCUCGACGAGACCCACGACGCCUACGAGGCGCUGCUGCACGAGGCGGAGGCCAGGCUCGAGAAGGUGUACCGCACGGCCAUGGAGGGGCGGGACCUCGAGGAGGCCGAGGGCAAGGACGAGUCGGCCGCGGCCGAGGCGGCGGGGGAUGCGGCGGUGCAGGAGGAGGUCGUCGCCGUGCUGAAGCAGGCCCAGGAGGGCAAGCCGGUGGACAGCGUGCGCCUCGUGGAUCGCAAUCUGCGCUACCUGCCCGAGGCGUUCGGAAGGAUCCAGGGCCUUCGCGUGCUCGACGUCUCGCACAACCAGCUCCAGGUUAUUCCAGAUGCUAUAGGAGCACUUGAACAUCUUGAAGAGCUCCGUCUCGCAUCCAAUGCCUUGGUUUCUCUUCCUGAUACCGUUGGAUUACUAUCCAGUCUGAAGAUUCUAGAUGUGUCAACUAACAAGCUGAGAACACUGCCAGACAGCAUCUCAAAAUGCAGGUCACUGGUUGAGCUCAAUGCAAGCUACAAUGGGCUCACUUAUCUGCCAACAAAUAUUGGCUUUGAACUGGUUAAUCUGCAAAGGCUCUGGGUCCACAUGAACAAGCUGCGAUCUUUUCCAUCAUCUAUAUGUGAGAUGCAGUCACUAUACCUCCUGGAUGCGCAUUUCAAUGAACUCUGUGGUCUUCCAUCUGCCAUAGGGAAACUUUCCAGUCUUGAAAUCCUCAACCUGAGCAGCAACUUCAGUGACAUGAAGGAGCUCCCUUUCUCAUUUGGUGACCUGCUGAACCUGCGUGAGCUUGACCUCAGCAACAACCAAAUCCAUGCUCUUCCCGACAGUUUUGGCCGGCUUGAUAAGCUAGAGAAGCUCAAUCUGGAGCAGAACCCUCUGGCCAUGCCACCAGCGGAGAUUGUGAACCAAGGUGUAGAUGCGGUGAAAGAAUAUAUGUCAAAGAAGUGGCUUGAUGCGUUGCUCGAGGAAGAGGAGAAGAGCAUGGCAGCAGCAGAGAGCAUGCAAGCGUCGACUCCCAAGGCUUGGCUGGCACGCAGUGUCUCCUGGGUCUCGGAUGUUUCCGGGAGUCUUGUUGGUUAUGUCAAUGGUGGUCAGAACAAGUUGGAGAAAGACGCGAUCCUGGACCAGCAGUUCUGAAAGCUCAAUUUGCAUGUUGAUUGAGCAACAUGUGUACAUACUAUAAAACUCUUGACCAAGAAAUCAUUUUGUGUUCCUGGUGACUCUAAGAGAUGCAUACACAUCCUUCCAAGCCCUGUCCCCGAAGGCAAGCUCAGGUGUUUGUUUUUCCAUUUUAACUCCACUUGAUGGUCAUUUUCUUCGAAGGUUCCUGUUGUGAUAUUGUCCAAUAAUAUAGCUGAAACUUGUGUGAGGCAUACUACUAUUUGGUUAUUUGCAAUGCAAGCUGUGCACUUUGCUUGCUG